AUCCCUCCACGCAGGUCAUCUUGAACACGUUUUUCCGACGAAACUUGCACAUCGGCCAGUCUUCACCCGAAUCCGAUGUUUGUCUUGAUUCCGUCUUUCUGCUGCCAAUAAUGCGAUGAUCUAAGAUGAACGCAUAGAAGCUCGUCUGAUGAAAUUACGAGCAAACAUCGUUAGCCUGGACUUCCAUCGUCAGUUUGAAGUCAACGUCCUUGUGUCUGGUGUACGUGUCGUAGCGCGAAACUGUCGCCAAACUGCUGACAAGCCAGCUUCAGUCCGCAACAGGUAUCGAUGAAAACUGUAGAUGCUCUGUCAGGGCAUUUCACUGAAAGCUGAGUGAUUUACGAAAACUUUUUAAUUGCAACUUAAACUGACUCAACUACAUCAACAGACCUCUUUUGUCGCUUAAUAUUCGCCUUCAAAGGACCGGAUAAAACAGAUUUUCUUUCAAGACAAGGUGGAUGUAGUAAGACUAGCAUCUGCCGAAAACAACAACAGUUCUUGUGUUAAGUAAAAAAUAUUCCAUACGAGAGGAAAAUGGCGAGAACGGUUGCAGUGUUGUCUGUGUGCGUGAUUUCGGCCAUGAUAGUAGUGGACGCCAAGAUUGGAUUCGUGAAGGACCUGUCCAUGGAUGCCACCUUCCCACCCCCUGUCUUCAGGCCGGAUCCUUCUAUUCCCGAGGGGCACCUUCGGCCUCUGGGUUGGCAGAGGCGGCCCGACGGGCCGGUGAGGUCUGAGCGCGAGAUGCCCAACACGCGGGAAUUCUACAGCGACUAUGUCGACAAGUCCAUCCCCGUCGUCUUCCGCAAUGGUGUAACGGAGGCCCCUGCCUUCACUCUUUGGGAAAAGGACGAAUACCUGAUGAGCAAGUACGGUAAACAGAACGUGACAGUGACGGUAAAAGUGAUGAGACAUCGAGACGAGGUGCACACGGCGCCACAGGUGAUGACGCUGAAGAAAUUCAUGUACAACUACCUGUACGAGGAGUGGUACUUGGCCUCCACUAUCCCUCCCGCGCUCAUGGCGGAGCUGCCGGUGCCCAAGUGUUUGCGGUGCGGCACGAUUUCUCGAAGCCUGCAGGAGGCGGAGCUGUGGGUCAGCAGCGGCGGCACGUCCUCCCGCCUGCACUCACACGACGACCACAACCUCCACUGCGUGUUCUUCGGUCGCCGAGAUUUCAUCCUCAUCGACAACCAGUUCCGCAACAACUUUGCCUUCAUCCACGACUAUGAAGGGUCUCUGAGCGGACAUUCGCGGCUGAACAUGGAGAUAAUCAAUUCUUUCAAGUACAAGAACAUCAUUAUGACACCCUGGAUCUGGUCCACCCUGUACCCUGGGGAUUGCAUCUUCAUACCCGCAGGCUACCUGCACCAGGUUCGCUCGUACGGCCGCAGCAUCUCUCUAACCGUGAAGUUCGCACCUUCCACCUCCUUUGAUGACAAUGGCUGCAAGCUGAUUGAAGAAGAAUUCCUCCCGCUGACUGAGGCCUCUUUCACCUGGACAUUCACAGAGGGUCGUCGGCAUCUGUCCAACUCGCAGCUGAAUGCAGAAACACUAAAGAACUUGCUGCUGUUACAAAUGGGGACGCGGCAUUCUCUGUCACGGGACAAAUUUCGCCAUUUUUACCAGGCGUCCAUGGCUUCCGGAUCUGAGCAUCCCCCUGCUGAUGAGGUUUUUGCCAUGCUGGCUGGAGAAGGUAAGCAGGAGCUGGGCAGGUUACAGCUUAUCUCCCUUGCUGAUGAUCUGCUCCUGGCGGUGGCCGCCAUCUUUAACUCCGCCCAGCCCGGCUACAGGCAGCAUGCAACACUUCACGAAGAAUUCUAGGUGUUACUGAAAGCAAAACUUAUGUGUGUAUGUGGAGGGGGGGGAAAUGAGCCUCAGUUUGACUCUACUAUGACAGCAUGAUUGUAUAUUGAACAGCAGGACUGCCAGUCGAGACUUUUUCCAGCUAUAUUAUUGUUUUACUAUAUUAAUCUUGAUCUGCUGCUAUUUUCAAACUUUAUACUGCACCUGUAGCACCUUUUUCACUGAUUCUGGUAACCUUUUGUCAGAUUCAACAUUCUGCUGUGUGUCUGAUCUACAACCUUGUUAGAAAUUGUAAAUUUUGUUCUUUUGGUGAACAUGCACAACUUGAAAAUGGUUGUGUGCUGAUUUUUGGAAUCUUGUAUUAUUUACAAAUAAAGAUCAAUCGUAUCCAAA